AAUAUUCAUCUUUGCCUAAAAAGAAUGAGAUGGAACCAUUCAUAAAUUGCACUUUGGAGCCUCACCGACUCAACCUCCAAUCCCAGCUCCUCUGCUUCUGUGCUCAGUGACCUUCAACAGCUUUAUUGCAGAGAACCUCAGUCUCCUUUACUGGAGAAUGGGCUCAUGGCCGAGGGAACGCAAUGCCUGGUGGAGAUCAGGAACCGGGGCGCUACUACGUGGGUGUGGAUGUCGGGACAGGCAGUGUCCGUGCGGCUCUGGUGGACCAGAGGGGCACCCUUUUGGCUUUUGCGGAUCAGGCGAUUAACAAGUGGGAGCCUCAGUUCAACCAUCAUGAACAGUCUUCCGAGGACAUCUGGGCCGCAUGCUGCAUUGUCACAAAGAAAGUUGUACAAGGGAUCAAUUUAAACCAAAUCCGAGGGCUUGGGUUUGAUGCCACGUGUUCUCUGGUUGUUUUGGAUAAGCAGUUUCGUCCUUUGCCAGUAAACCAUGAAGGGGAUUCCCAUCGGAACAUCAUCAUGUGGCUGGACCACCGAGCCGUCAGUCAGGUGCACAGGAUCAACAACACCAAACACAGCGUCUUGCAGUACGUUGGGGGCGUGAUGUCUGUGGAAAUGCAGGCCCCAAAGCUUCUGUGGCUGAAAGAGAACUUGAGAGAGACUUGCUGGGAUAAGGCAGGACAUUUCUUUGAUCUCCCAGACUUCUUAUCGUGGAAGGCAACAGGUGUCACAGCACGAUCUCUCUGCUCCCUGGUGUGCAAGUGGACAUACUCGGCAGAGAAAGGCUGGGAUGACAGUUUCUGGAAGAUGAUUGGUCUGGAAGAUUUUGUUUCCGAUAAUUACAGCAAAAUAGGAAACCAAGUGCUGCCUCCUGGAGCUUCUCUUGGAAAUGGGCUUACCCCAGAGGCGGCCAGAGACCUUGGUCUUCCUGCUGGCAUCGCGGUGUCAGCCUCCCUUAUUGAUGCCCAUGCUGGAGGACUAGGAGUGAUUGGAACAGAUGUGAGAGGGCACGGCCUCGCUUGCGAGGGACAGCCAGUGACGUCGCGGUUGGCUGUCAUCUGUGGAACAUCUUCUUGUCACAUGGGGAUCAGCAAAGACCCGAUUUUCGUACCAGGUGUCUGGGGCCCUUAUUUCUCAGCCAUGGUUCCUGGGUUCUGGCUGAAUGAAGGUGGACAGAGUGUGACUGGGAAAUUGAUAGACCACAUGGUGCAGGGCCAUGCUGCCUUCCCUGAGCUGCAAGCCAAGGCCACCGCCAGAUGCCAGAGCAUAUAUGCAUAUUUGAACAGUCACCUGGACCUGAUUAAGAAGGCUCAGCCUGUGGGUUUCCUCACUGUUGAUUUACAUGUUUGGCCAGAUUUCCAUGGCAACCGGUCUCCUUUAGCAGAUCUGACACUAAAGGGCAUGGUCACCGGUUUGAAACUAUCUCAGGACCUCGAUGAUCUUGCCAUUCUCUACCUGGCCACAGUUCAAGCCAUUGCUUUCGGGACCCGCUUCAUUAUAGAGGCCAUGGAGGCAGCAGGGCACUCGAUCAGCACUCUUUUCCUGUGUGGAGGCCUGAGCAAGAAUCCCCUUUUUGUGCAGAUGCACGCGGACAUUACUGGCAUGCCUGUGGUCCUGUCCCAGGAGGUGGAGUCUGUUCUUGUGGGCGCUGCUAUUCUGGGUGCCUGUGCCUCGGGGGAUUUCACUUCUGUGCAGGAGGCCAUGGCAAGAAUGAGCAAAGUUGGGAGAGUUGUGUUUCCCAGACUCGAGGAUAAAAGAUAUUAUGACAAGAAAUAUCAAGUGUUCCUGAAGCUGGUGGAGCACCAGAAGGAGUACGCAGCCAUCAUGAAAGGGGUCUGAGCAGAGCUUGCAGGUGCCUGUGCCAGAAGGUCGUGAGGCGUUGCACCAGGGACCUCUGGCACUUCCUCUUCUAUUCAAGACCGCUUAGGUAUCAUUUUUUUCAUCUCUGUAUUGCCUUUCAAUAAAGAAAACCAAGACAUGUGCAACCAGAA